AUGUCCGUUGAAGUCGCCAAGGGUCGAGUUCAGACGCUUACUCAAGACGAAGAGCUGCACCUCAAGCAAGUCUGGGCGUAUCUUUUCCAGCAUUGGGGCGUUCAAGUCAAUAGCGCUAGCGUUUUCGCCUCCGAAACAGCCGGAUCUGGCCAAAGCGGCAGCUCGGGAGGCAACAAAAACGCGGAAGAAAAGCCGGCCAAAAAGUCUGGAAAGCUUUUCGGGCGCUUUCGGAAGAGCUCUAGUAACUCCAGCGCGGCAAAGAGUAGCCGUGAGAGCAAUGGCGCGGUACCAGCCUCGUCGCAGAGAUCAACGGAGCCAUCCGAGGGCGCGCGUUCGCACGGGACAGUCCACGAGGCGCUAAAGAACCUCAAGCCUGACGAGAUCAGCGAGAACUUUUGGGACAUGCUCAGAAGCGAUUACCCCGAUAACCUGAUCCUCAGAUUUCUAAGAGCGCGUAAAUGGGACACAGAUAAGGCCCUUGGCAUGAUCGCUCACACGCUUGAGUGGAGGCUUAAAGAGGGCCACCCCGACAGCAUCAUCCGUGGGGGUGAGCAGGCUGCUUAUCAAAACAACGAGACCGGUUACAUCAAAAACCUUGAGCUUUCCAAGGCUACACAGCGAGGCUUCGAUCUCCACGGUCGUCCAAUCGUGCUGGUGAGACCCAGGCUACACCACUCUAGUGACCAAACCGAAGAAGAAAUGAAGAAAUACUGUCUUCUCAUCAUCGAGCAGGCAAGAAUGUUUCUCAAGGAGCCUGUAGACUCCGCUACUAUUCUCUUCGACUUGACUGGCUUCUCGAUGUCCAACAUGGACUACACGCCCGUUCAAUACCUGAUUAGUUGUUUUGAAGCUCACUACCCGGAGUGUCUUGGUCACCUUUUCAUUCAUAAAGCUCCUUGGAUUUUCCCUCCUAUAUGGAAUAUUAUCAAGAAUUGGUUGGACCCUGUUGUGGCAUCUAAGAUUGUCUUUACAAAAAAUGCUUCGGACCUUGCCAAAUACGUGCCCAUGAAGUAUAUUCCUAGUUAUUUGGGUGGCGAGGACGAGUAUGACUUUGACUCUUUCAAGAGGCCUGAUGAAUCGGCAGAUGUUAAAUUGAAGGACACAAAAACCCGCGACUCUAUCUUGGAAAAGAGAAAGUCUAUCAUUCAACAGUUUAUCGACUCAACGAAAAACUGGAUUGAAAGCCAGAACGAUGAAGAGUCGAAAAAGUGGCUCGAGACCAAGAUCUCGAUCAGCAAAGAGCUGAGUGAAAACUAUAGAGAGCUGGAUCCUUAUAUUCGGUCUAGGUCUGUUUACGACAUCAACGGAACUUUGAAGGUUUGA